AUGGCAGGAGAAACAUCUCCCAAUACCCCUGGGCCACGAGGUCGCCUCAUCGUCUUCGAGGGCCUCGACAGAUCCGGUAAAAGCACUCAAUGUGCCCGUUUAGUCGACCAUCUCACCGCUCGCAACCAGAAAGUCAAACACAUGCGAUUUCCCAAUCGAAGCACAGUCAUUGGCCAAAUGAUCAACAACUACCUCGUGGGCUCAUCGAAUCAAGAAGAUCAUGCCAUUCACUUACUCUUCUCCGCCAAUCGCUGGGAAGCAGCAGACGAGAUCCAACAACAUGUACAAGCGGGAACCACAGUCGUGAUAGAUCGGUACUACUAUUCCGGGUGUGUCUACUCUGCUGCCAAACAGAAUCCUACCAUGGAUCUUGCCUGGUGUCGACACCCCGAAGUGGGACUGCCACGGCCGGAUUUGUGUCUGUUUCUGGAUAUUUCUGCUGAGGAUGCUGCACAGCGAGGCGGAUUCGGAAGUGAGCGAUAUGAGAAACAGGAAAUGCAAGAUCGUGUGCGAAGUCUUUUCAAGGAGAUGAGGACCCAUCCGGACGAAGCAGAUGAUAUUGUCGUGGUGGACGCUGGGAAAAGCGUUGACGAGGUCGCGAAGAUCAUCGAGCGGAUUGUCGAUGAUCAAUUCUCUGAUAGAGCAGCCGCCGCCCAGCCGCUGCGAUAUAUCAAUCCCUGGUGAUCGACUGUUGUCCCUACCUUAUAGACGGAGACGCGUUAGCUUCCACUCACACCAGUUCGAUGCGUCUUCCCAAUCAUCGACAUUCAUAAGACCGCACGCCCGAAGCCUAGAGAAAAGCCUCCACAGUGCAUUUCUGUUGUGCGACACAGGCCAGGUCGGCUAUUCCCAUGGGUAGACCUCACCUUGAUACCUUUGCCAUGCGCCACCGCACCUGCUUUCCCGGAGACGACGGGGCUGGAAAAGUCGAUCAUCCAACUCCAUGCCAGGUCACACAUAUUUGCAGCGUGGAACCGAUCUGGUAGCCGGUCAGAGAAGAACGCCCCGGUAGUCAUGGCGCAUGUAUAUGGUGAAGAAAGUAACUACGCUGAUGGAUCAAGUAAGGGUAUUUACCUACCUACCUUGCAUACCAGGACGAACGAAUACCGCAUAGUGUCAGAGAUACCACGCUCCAGAACGAGACCAAUUCAAGGAGUGUAGAGCAGGGAAAAUUGCCGUCGAGAGAGCGCUCAUCACCGGACUCAGGCCAGGCACCGUAAAAUCGAAGUCUGACAACAUAGCUAAGGCACCUAAUGUACCUACCUUAGUCUUCCCACAGCGUCCACCAGAAGAUGGCGGAGGCCGCGCCACUCUAUCACACGGCAAGGAGGACUACGGUCCUACCGCGUACGAAGCUCUAGUGGACGACCGAUCGUAGUACCACGAAGACACAGCCACGAGAAUUGAUGAGGCAGGAUAGGCCGACCGAGACCCAUUACCGGAGAUGCCAGAGUGGUUUGCGAGGGUUACCGACGGAGACAGUCCCGAGCCCAAGGGUAUCGUCGUGUGCCACCUGCGGUUGUAUGCUGCACAGGUAC